AUGGCAGGCAGAGUGUGGCAUGUUGUAACCCAGUCUCCUUCUCUUGCAGAGCAGCACAGCAAGGCGAACCUCGAGGGACCUGGAACAGCAGUGGUGCUGGCUUGCACCCAGAACCGUAAACCCACCUUCACACAGGGCCUCAAAUGUAGGUCUGUCUUGGAGGGGGACCCUGCACUCUUCCAGUGCAAGCUCAUGGCAUGCCCGACACCCCACAUGGCUUGGUUUCACAACAACCGGCCGGUCCACCAGGACCGCCGCAAGGUGAUCCGCACUGAGAGUGAGGAGCACACGCACCAUGCCAGCCUGGAGGUGCGGGAUGUGCGGGAGCAUGACGCUGGUAGCUACAGAGUAUUUGCCAUUAACAGUGAGGGCUCAGCUGAGUCCACUGCCUCGCUGCUGGUGGCACGCAGCAGGGAGCAGCAGGGCAUGGGUUUUGCAGGGAAAGCAGAGUGGAUGCGGGAGAGCUGGGAGUGCCUGCUGCGGCAGCGGCGGGAGGAUCGGCUGCGGGUGGUGCUCCGCUGCACUGGCUCGCCCUUCGACAAGGGGCAGGAGGCUGAGCAGUUGCUUGGGGACCUCUCCCCAGCCCGAAGCAUGGUACGAACCAUCCGUUUCCAGAGGCUGCCACUGGUGGGGCCUCACCGUCCAGGGCUGGCAUGUGGUAGGGAGCACAGUGGCGCAGUGGCGGAUGCUGAGGAACUGCUGGAUGAGGAGAUCCGUUGGAAGCUGCAGCGUCUGCGGGAGGCAAAGAGGGCAGCGCUGAAAAAGAAGCAGGAAUCUCUCAUGUCUAUGCCCCAGGGAGGUCCUCCUGGGAAGUCCAGCCCACCUAAGGCAGCUGCCACAAUGGAUGGCUCGGAGCCCCUUGCAGUGCAGGCAGUGAAAGGGUACCGCAGACCCAAGGCCGCAGGCAAGAAAUGGCAGGUGCCAGGUGGGCUCCUGGAGCCCUGCCCACCCCUCUUUGUCCAGGAGGUCAAGCCCCAGGAGGCAUUUGAGGGGCACAGAUGCACCUUCUCCUGCCUUUUCCAUGGCCGCCCACAGCCCACAGUCACUUGGUACAACAACACUAAGCCUGUGGGGCGCAUCCAGGGCACCGCAGUACACACCACAGAGUGCCAGUCUACACUGACCUUCCCAUCCCUGCUUCCACAGCAUGAUGGCACUGUUACCUGCGUGAUCUUCAACCCGCUGGGCACAGUCAGCACCUCAGCUGCACUCCAUCAAGAUACAGAGAUGAGGGAGACCAUGCGGCCCUCUCCAGACCAGGCUGUUCCCACCAUAAAGCACAAGUUCAAGUUUUCAUUUGAUGUGGGAAAUGAGCCACCCCAAAUUGUGGCAGAAGCCCCAGCACACAUUCAUUGCCAUGAAGGGGAGGCAGUGGUGCUGGAGUGUGCUGUGUCUGGGCAGCCCCCACCCGCUGUGGCCUGGUCCCUGAAUGGCCAGAGCCUCUCUCCCAGUGAGAGGCUGAGGUUUGAGGAAGGCAAGCAUGGCAUGUACCGCUUAUACAUCCCAAGGGUCUCCGUUGCGGAUGCUGGGCUCUAUUGUUGUGUGGCCAAGAAUGUGGCUGGAACAGCACAGGCUGCCUCUGAGCUGACGGUGCAGCCUAGUGCACCCAGGUUGUAUAGCAGGGAUGGACGCACUGAGGAACUGACUGCCAUGGACCAUGUUCUGCACCUCCAAGGCCUCAGCACACUUGGGAAGGAUGACGAGGAACAGAUCACAUGCUCCAAUGAGGAGGAAGCCCACCUACCCUGGUCCCUGAGGCUGUCUCCGUCUCCUGGUGAGCAGUUGGAAGAGCAGUGUGAGAAAACUCCUCACUUCAGGGAAAGUGAGAUACAGGAAACAAAGGUGCUGGAUAUCAUGGAAGUUUAUGCAAGGCAAGAAACAGGUCAUACAGAAGAAAGUGUGACAGAUACAGAUGGUGUUUCUGACAUGGGGCAGCACAGGGGAAAAGCUGUAUCUGAGGAACAGAGCUUUGGAAUUGAUGUCACUGAACUGCACCCCAGCAUGUCGAGGGAAGAGCAUGAACUGGUGGCCAAGGACUCAGGUCACUUUUCAGAGGAGCUGGAGGCUGAAGGAGACAAGGUGGCACCACAUACAGAUAAUCUAUCCUGGGACAUCUUGAAGUCACCAUUUAUGGAAGUGAGAGGGCAAACAUAUGCCUCUGAGCAGUCUGCUCUGGCAAGGGAAUGUGAGGAUUCACAAUUUUUCAUUCCUGUUUCACCUGUGGUGCAAGAGGGGAGUGAUGUUUACAUGGAGGAGAGAGAUGCCACUGCCUGGGAGGCAAUGUCUCCUGAUGUGCCUCUUGUAGAAGAGCUAAGUGUGCCCCACCUGCAGGACAACAUUGCAAGCACACCCACAAAGGAGCAGUUUGGCUUUAAUGACUUCUGUACAGAAGAGCAGCAGGAGGAACAGGCCAAGGAGCAAAAGAGGUCAGUUGAUAUUGAACAGGACAUCGAGGUUGGUGAUCAUCUUUGUAAAGAAGAAAUUAUUGAUGUCAGGGAUGCUGCACACUGGGAAAUGUGCAAUGAUGGGCAAAUGCUGCAAGAAAUGGAGUCUGAUGCAGGCAAUGCAUCUUUGGAUCUAAUCCUCACUCCUCCUGGCAUAGAAAACUCAGGUCAGGAUUUUACUGAGGAAGUUGAGGUUCACCUAGAAGAAGUGCAUUUCAAAGAGCAGCUGUUGCCAUUUGAGACUGAUGAGACCAAUAUCACAUUUGAUCUGAAGAAGUUUGUGGAGCCUUUCCCAGCUGCAGAGUCUGUGGACACAGAACAGGCAGAAACUUGCACAGCUCUGGAGAGUGUGGAGGUAGGAGUGACUGGCCUCAUCUCCCCUGAGCACCAACAUGAUGUGCUUGUGGAAGAGAUGUCUCUGACUGAGGAGCUGCAUCAGAGCUACAGGAUGCAGCAGGAGGAGGUCAGUGCCCAGGAAGAGGCACAGCCAAGAGAAAUCAGAAGGGCUGAUUUGCAAAUCCCUAAUGGAGACCUUGGCAGCAUCAUGAUAUCUGCUGAAGAGGGAUCUUCUGCUGAAGAAAUUAAUGAGUCAGCGGUGAGUGUCUGUGGGGAUGAUUCACUUGAGGGACAAACUCAUAGUUUCCUAGUGGAGUCCACAGCAGAUUUCCAAAAGGCAGUGCAGGAAACACAUUUGUGGGAGAGUGGGGAACGACUGGAGACCACAGACUCCCAGAGUGACAGCUUCAUCAUUGACUUGAAAAAAGCUGCACAUGAAAAGAAACUCCAGGCUGGGCAUCAGGCUGAGGAGGAAGAAGGUUCUGGAAUAGAAAAGGUCUUUGAGACAGGAAUGAGUAGCUCCACCUGUGAGAUAGAAAGCACAGAUUCCACUGAGGAGAUGCCCAGGGACACCCAACAGGAACCAAACACAACCAAAGGCUUUUCUUUUGGGCAACUCUUACUCGGUUUAAUAAUGGAUGAUCCUGUGGCACAGAAGGAGCAAAGGAAGGAGUCUUGGGGCAAGAAGAUGACUCCCACUGAGGAAGCCUCUGAGAAUAGCCUGGAUGGAGAAGGACUGCAGGAGGAUAUUUCUGUAGGUCCAGAGUCCAGUGCUGUUCAAGCCUCAGAGCUGGAGCCUGACUUGUGCCUGGCCAAGUACUUAAGGUCAACUGGGAUGCAGGAAACUCCAGAUCUCAAAGGCACAGUUCAGAAGGAGCAGCGAGAGACCAUCACUUCCCUGGAAGUGGAGGAGGUUACCUUCAGCAUGGUUUACGACUAUUAUAACAACCAGCAGGAACUCACCCGGCCCUUCUCUCCUGAGUCGGAAAUGUCUAUAGAGCUGGAGAGCAGGAGCGGAGAGGAGUCACCUGAUUCAGACCGCUUCUACACACCUCCCUCCUCAGUGGAGAUCUUUGAAACUGCUUCAUCAACGUCCUACCACACACCACUCAGCACACCUGAGCGCUACUCCACACCGUCUGAGGGCUCAGGGUACAGAACACCGCCCGAGCGCUACUCCACACCGUCCGAGGGCUCAGGGUACAGAACACCGCCCGAGCGCUACUCCACACCGUCCGAGGGCUCAGGGUACAGCACGCCGCCCGAGCGCUACUCCACACCAUCCGAGGGCUCAGUGUACAGCACACCACCUGAGCACUACUCCACACCCUCUGAGGAUUCAAAAUGCAACACACCCUCAGAGCGCUACUUCACACCCUUUGAGCAACCCUGCUCUGCAUCAGGGGACAGCACACCACCAGAGCGCUACCGGACACCCACUGGGGAGUAUAUGGAUGCCCUGGCCGUGCUCCCCUUCUGUGAGAGAAGGCAGCAGCCUCCAGACCAGCCACAGGCUGAGGUGUUUAGGAUGCCCUGUGAAGCCCUGGAGCCAUCAGGCAGGGAGAUGCCACCUGCAUUCCUCAAGGCGUUGAGCAGGAGGAUGCUGUAUGAGGGCAGCACACUGAGUUUUGUGGCUGAGGUGGUGGGUGUGCCUAAGCCAGGGGUGAAAUGGUAUCACAAUAAAUCUCUGCUGGAGCUGGAUGAGAGAGUGCGGAUAGAGAAGGAUGGGGAUAAAUGUUUGCUGGAGAUCACUAAUAUCCAGAAAGCUGAUGGAGGACAGUAUCUGUGUCAUGCAGUGAACAUUGUUGGGGAAGCUAAAAGUAUCACACAGGUGGAAGUUUUAUCUGAAGAUGGGCGGUCACUAGCACUGCCACCCCCUGUAACCCACCAGCACGUUAUACACUUUGACCUGGAGCAAAACACAUCUUCAAGGUCACCUUCACCACAGGAAAUCCUCCUGGAAGUGGAGCUGGAUGAAAAUGAGGUGAAGGAGUUUGAGAAGCAGGUCAAAAUCAUAACCAGUCCUGAGUUUAGCCCAGAUAAGAAGAGCAUGGUGGUUUCCCUGGAUGUCCUUCCACUUGCCUUGCUGGAGCAAGCUGCAGGCUUGGCCACAGAGGAGAAUGAGGAUAUAAAAAUUGAUUUCCAAGUAACUGAAAUGCCUCCCCGAUUUGCUGUGCCCUUUGCAGAUGUCAAGGUGACAGAAGACUCGGAGGCAGUGUUUGAGUGUGUGGUAACAGGUACACCUGUCCCAGUAGUUCAGUGGUUCAGAGGUGACACCUGUGUGACACCUGCCACAGGGAAGUACGUUGUGAGUCAAAAGGAGGGACUUCACAGUCUGAAGGUCCAAAAUGUAGGUCCUUCUGAUGGUGGCUGGUAUCACUGUCGGGCAAUCAAUAGGCUGGGAGAAGCAAUGUGCAAAGGUUCCCUUGUAGUCAUGGCUCAGCAGGGAGCAAGUGCUAAGGCAAGUAGUGAGACAGUCAUGGGUAGUGAACCACACAGGCCCCAGAAGAGUGACUUGCUUUUGAGUAAGACUGUGAGCACAGGUGACCAGUCAAAAACACAGCUCGAGCCCAAGUUCGAGCCACAUAUAGACGACUCAGAGAAAGCAAUCCAACUGCUUGCAGUGACUCAGCCAGAGCAGGAAGUGGAAGGAGAGAAGUGUGUCAAUAUUAGUUUUGAUGUGUUUGCAGAGCCGUUGCAAGAGGAACGGGUUGAGGUUAGGGCAGAGGACUUGGAGAGCUGCAGCUUUGAGUUCCAGGUCACAGACACUCCUCCCAAAUUUCUGAAGCUCAUUUCUGACUACAGUACAUUUGUAGGUGCCUCAGCAUGCUUCCAGUGUCUCGUGACUGGUUCUCCCCACCCAAGUGUCUGCUGGUACAAGGAUGGGGUGUUGUUGGAAGGGGACAGGUACUGUGCGCAGGAGGAGCAGGGGGGCUCUCAUAGCCUUACUAUUGAAAACUUGAUGCAAAGUGACACUGGGCAGUACAAAUGUAUAGCUACUAACAGGGCAGGGACUGCUGAGACUUACAUCGCUAGCUCUCUUAUUGUGUCUUCUGAGGAAGGAAGAAGUGAAGGCUACAGCAGCGGCCUUCAGUUGCCUGAUAGAGAGAAAACACUUGAAUUUGAGCCUGAAAAACCAGUUUAUUCCAGCAAAGCAAAGAUGAAAAUAGAGGAGGGGGGCAAAGCCCCUGUUUUCCUCAAACAGGUCUCAAAUGUUGAAGUCUGGCAGGGAGAUGUAGCUAGGCUCUCUGUUACUGUUACUGGCAGCCCCACACCCAAAAUCCAGUGGUUUUUCAACAGUAUGAAGCUAACCCCAUCCAUGGACUGUAAGUUAGUGUUUGCUGGCAAUGACCACAGCCUCAUACUCCCAUGUGUGGGUGUGCAGGAUGAGGGUGAGUACACAUGCAUAGCCAGCAAUGUACACGGUGAGGCCACAUGCAGUGCCCAUCUCCACGUGCAGCAGCGGAUAACAGGGGUCCCUUGCUUUGCCAAGGAGCCAGAUAGUGUGCAGUGUGCACCGGGCUUCACUGCAAUCUUUGAGUACACUGUGGCUGGGGAGCCAUGCCCCAAUGUGCAGUGGUUCAAGGGGAGUGAGCAGCUCUUCUCUGAUGCACGUCGUUCUGUUGCUCACCACCCUGACGGCUCGGGCUCCCUGACAGUGCGGGAGUGCAUGGAGGAGGACACUGGGGUCUACAUGUGCAGGGCGGUGAGCGCCCUGGGCGAGGCCACAUGCUCAGCUGAGCUCCUUGUGCUGCCUGAGGAGCAUGCUGUGUGCAGGCAGAGCCCCACGUUGCAGCACUCUGCAGUGGCAGAGGACCAAAGCCCCCUCUCCUACGAGGAGGCUGGUGAGCUUCCUGCCAUGGAAGGAGUGCUCAGCCUUGAGGCCAUGAGGGAGCCCUUGGCCCUCUUUCAGCUCCAGACGAGCCAGGCAGAGCACGUGCUGCCCAGGGAAGACAUCUUGCCUGGCCUGCCACCGGCCUGCCUGGCUGCACAGACUGUUGAAGAGAUGCUCACCCAGGUGGCCACGACACAAGAGAGCAGCAGGCUUCUGGCAGAGCCACUGCAAACCCUCCCUGAUGGCCCCCAGGGUGUCGUGCCUGCAGCAGCGAUGGAGACACAACUGCCAGGCUGCCUUGGGACUGUAGCUGCACAGAUACUCUUGCCCAAAGAGCAAGUCAUCCCUAAGGCAGCAGAGCAAAUGGCUGCUCUGAAGACGGAGGCUUCCCAAGCCCUCUUACAGGUGUCAAGCACCACUGAGAGCCAUGCCAUAGAUGGGGACCACAUCCAGGUCCUUGAGGGCUUCCAGGCAAUGCAAGGUGAGCUGAAUGCUGAACCCAGAUUUCCCUCUGAAUUGGCCUUCACUGGGGGCCAAGCUGUCCCUCUGGAGAACAUUUCUUCCCUGGAAGCAGCAGAAGAAGAUUUUGCUGCAAGAAUCCAUGAGGGGCAGACUGUGAGAUUUCCUUUGCUGCUAGAAGAAAAACAGCUCCUGGAGGAGGAACAUGUCAUCAAUCUUGCCAGCCCACUUAAGCAGUGUCUGAGGGCAGGGAGACAACCCCAUGAAACAAUGUACACUCACCAGCUCCAGCCAAGCCAAGUCCUCAACAAAGAGAACCAGCUCACUCCUCAGGUUCCCAAGAGCCGCAACUUAGACAUAAAGUCUCAAAUUAGAAAUGCACUGAAAGCUGCAGUGGUAAGUGAGCAAAAUCUCUUGUUUUCAGAAUGGUUGGCUGAUAAAGAAGACAUUGAAAUACAGACAAUAAACAUCACCAUGGAACAUAAACACACCCUAUGCACCUAUGUUGUGACUACAGGAGGACUCAGUCCCAUAGAAAUCCCAGUCUCCUUGGGAGAAGUCAGCGUUCAGACAGCUGACCAGAAAAUGGUCUUGAAGGAGGCUUUCUAUUCUCUUAUUUGUGAAGAAAAACAUCUCUUGACAGAUGAAAAAUCCAAAGCAUUGCCAUUCCAUCCCAGCCCACUUCUCUCAGGAAAAUCCUGUGAUGAAACCUCUGAGCUGGAGCUCCAGCAGGCUGAGAGAACUAUAGAGGCAGAAAUACCCCUGGAGCAGCCUUUGUCUGCACAAGUAAUCAACACUGUAACCGGGCAUGGUCAAAUCAAGGAUGUGGGUGCAGCUGCAGCCACUGCUGAUGUAGCCUCUGCAGGUAUUCCCAUUGAGACACCCACAGAAAUACUGAAAAGGAAGGAGAAAAGGGAAGAAAUAUGUGAGGAAGAGGGCAGAGAGGGUCUGGAAACUAGACCUGGGAAGCUAGAGGAUAAGUUGGGCAAAGAGAGUUAUCCCAUCAUACACAGCAAACUGGUCGACACUGUUGUGGAGGAAGGGGAGAGUGUCAGUCUGGUGGCUGUCAUAACAAAUGUCAGAGAGGUGAACUGGUACUUUGAGGGUAAACUGGUGUGUUCAGGUGACAAAUUCAAGUGUUUGCAAGAUCAGGACAUGUACACACUAGUAAUAAGCAAAGCAUUUGGGGAGAUUCACCAAGGAGAGUACACAUGUGAGGCGCUGAAUCAAGGUGGACAAAGAGCAACAGCAGCAAAACUCACAGUUGUUAAAAGAGGUUGGAUUAUGGGGAUAAACUACUGCCUUUCUAAUACACUGCUCUACUAA